CACCUGGUAGAUUUGGGAAACCCUUACAUUUGGUGGAUAGGAUCGGAUCCCGGGAACUGUUACAGCUUUCUUUUCUCCUAAGCAGACGGAGUAAGAAUCGCAGCCAUGGCGAAGAACGUUCAUAACGACUAUAAGAUGAAGUUCUCCAAGGACGAGGAGUUCCCCGAUCUGUCCCUGCACAACAACCACAUGGCCAAGGUGCUGACCAAGGACAUCUACGAGAAGCUGAGGGGCAAGUCCACCCCCAGCGGCUUCACCGUGGAUGACGUCAUCCAGACCGGUGUUGACAACCCAGGUCACCCCUUCAUCAUGACCGUUGGCUGCGUUGCUGGUGAUGAGGAGUGCUACGAGGUCUUCAAGGAUCUGCUGGACCCCAUCAUCUCAGACCGUCAUGGUGGAUACAAGCCCACCGACAAGCACAAGACCGACCUGGAGUUCGAGCACCUGAAGGGAGGUGAUGACCUGGACCCCAACUACGUCCUGUCCAGCCGUGUGCGUACCGGCCGCAGCAUCAAGGGAUUCACCCUGCCCCCCCACAACAGCCGUGGAGAGCGCAGAGCCAUUGAGAAGCUGUCCAUUGAGGCCCUGGCCAGCCUGGAUGGAGAGUUCAAGGGAAAGUACUACCCCCUGAGCGGCAUGACCGACGCUGAGCAGGAUCAGCUGAUCAACGAUCACUUCCUGUUCGACAAGCCCGUGUCCCCCCUGCUGACCUGCGCCGGAAUGGCCCGUGACUGGCCCGACGGCAGAGGCAUCUGGCACAACGAUGACAAGACCUUCCUGGUCUGGGUGAACGAGGAGGAUCACCUGCGUGUCAUCUCCAUGCAGAAGGGAGGCAACAUGAAGGAGGUGUUCAGACGCUUCUGCGUCGGCCUGAAGAAGAUUGAGGAGAUCUUCAAGAAGCACAACCACGGCUUCAGCUGGAGCGAGCAUCUCGGCUACAUCCUGACCUGCCCCUCCAACCUGGGAACCGGCCUGCGCGGUGGCGUGCACGUCAAGCUCGCCAAGCUCAGCACACACCCCAAGUUCGAGGAGAUCCUGACCAGACUGCGUCUGCAGAAGCGCGGCACAGGUGGUGUGGACACAGCCUCCGUGGGGGGUGUGUUCGACAUCUCCAACGCCGACCGUCUGGGCUCCUCCGAGGUGGAUCAGUGCCAGAUGGUGGUUGAUGGUGUCAAGCUGAUGGUUGAGAUGGAGAAGAAGCUGGAGAAGGGAGAGUCCAUUGAUGGCAUGAUCCCCGCCCAGAAGUAAAGUGGACAGACAACAAAUGAUUGAAUAACCGUCUGCGUUUGUUUUUUUUAUUUUAUAAAAAAAUGAACGGGAAUGUUGUAAAGUUAUUUCACUGGUCAAAGCCAACUGGCACCAUUCUACUUACUCUUUCCAAUCACUCCUCUUUUCUUUCUUUCUUACCUCUGUUAAUCUCACUCCUCUUUCCCCCUCUCCUGCUUCUUCUUGCUAAGUUCCUGUAACUUUAAUCACCUUCUCUGUAACAUCCUGGGAUCAACCCAUGCAUAGUCUGGUCGUGGCUAUGCAUGCGCACCAAAAGAAAAACAUUUUUUUUUGGGUUGUAAAAUAUAACUGGACAAUUAAACAAUGUUCCAUGUAACAAUCAAA